AUGAGGAAACGGGCAGACAAGUACGUGGGUGCCAAGUGUUUGGCGCCAGAGCUGCUGGGACGUCGGUUGCAGACGGAGGCCGUGGGGUCCAGCCACGGCUAUUUCAGGCGGCGGCGGCGCGCAGGUACACUCUGGAAGCCGUCUCUGCCCAUCCGCGCCGUCGCCGAAACAUUCGAGAACACCGGCAGUACUGUGUCCUCGUUCCGCAGACGCUACUCCUUGUCUUUGCAGCUGCACUUGAUAACGACCAAGAAGUUCGAUGGAAUGAAAGAAUUUCAUGUGUACAGCGCAGCCGCCCCCGCUGCCGACGCCCCCGCCGCGGACGCCUCCUCCGCGGACGCGGUCGGCGAGUCCACUUCGAAAGAGGAAUGCGACGGCCACGACAGCGCCGACUCCGGCGAGGUCGGCGAGCCGGGCGCGACGACGGCGGAGGAGGCGGAAGAGGACGCCAACCUGCCCGAGUGUAAGAUAAAGCGCAACUACUCGUGCAGCCACUGCACCUACUUCACGCAGAACCCGCGCUCGUACCUGUACCACCUCAAGGACGAGCACAAGGAGAAGAUCAGGGUGUACGAGUGCCCCAACUGCCUGUACGCGUCCAAGCACAGCCAGAAGCUGCAGCGGCACGUGCACAUGGUGCACGUCAUGGGCAGGGGCAAGCGGAAGAGCUCGGCGCGCUCGCCCAAGACGCCCUCGGCCAAGGCGAAGAAGGCGCCGCCGGACAGGGACAAGGGCGCGAAGGCGCCGCCGCCCCUGCUGCCCUGCUCGGACGUAGUCGUGAAGCAGGAACCUGCCGGUUCCGAGGAGGAGGCGCUAGGGGACGGCUCCGCUCCGAAGGAGGGCGCCGAAGACGAGAAGUGUGAAAAGGCCGACGAAAUAACCAAAGACGGCAGUAAGGAGACGUACACGUGCUCGCAGUGCCCGUUCUCCGACCAGAACAAGGCGCUAGUGGCGCGGCACGAACAGGCGGUGCACCUCCGUAAGAAGUUCUUCCGCUGCAGCAAGUGCAAUUACGUGACGCACAUGCGCGCCAGGUUCACGAAGCACGUCAAGUACCAUUCGAUGCCGAUGAUCAAGUGCGACAUGUGCGACUUUCGUACGCCGUACAAGUGGAACUUGGACCGGCACUACAAGAACCACACGGGCGACGGCGCGUUCCGCUGCUCGCUGUGCAACUUCACGGCGGACAUCAAGCAGAGCCUGACGGUGCACGAGAUGAACCACCACGUGCCGCCGGCGAGUGCGGGGGCGCCCGUGCCGCGCCGCCGCAACAAGGUGGGCGCCAGCGACUCGGCGCCCGCCCCCGUUUCACCAUUCAACCCAGUCCUUGGUACGAGUACUCCAGAACUGCAUUCAUCUUUUGAUCACAGCAUCAGUGACAAAUGCAUAGGCACCAGUAAAGUUCCCUCAAGUGGAAUAAUAAAAAGAUCACCAAAAAUUAAAGUUACCGCAAAGAAAAGUAAAGUCAUAUCAACCCAAGAACACAGUGAACGCCAUGAUUUUCAGGCUGAUUUUAUACACCCAGAUGAUAUAAUUCAUCAUAAAAAUGGCAAUGUGUACAUAAAAACAUUGAAAUGUAAGAGCUGUAAUUUCAAAGCUGCCUGGGGCAGUGAAAUGGCUCGCCAUGAAAGCAAAGUCCAUGGAGUUCUCACAAAAUUGACACCACCCAAAAAGUUUCCUCGACCAAUACCUAACUUGAUACCCAUACAGCCAAGGGCAUCAGUGCCAAGUGCAUCAAAGCAAGUACCCAUUCUGAAAAUACCAACCAUCCGUGCUAGAGACUUUAGCACAAGCUUUAAACCUGGAGUGUCACCUUUAUCAGAAAAUUCACUGAGUGAAAAGGAUUUAAAUGAAAUAUGUGCAAAAUCAUGUGCAAAUAGCUCUCUUAGAGAUUUUGCAUCUGUAAUAGGUGAUGAAAAUGCAUUCACGGUUUCAGGAGAAGAAAAAAGUAAGUCAUGGAUGGAUGAAUCACACAAUACUAUGUGGAGUGAACCACACAGUAUAGAAUUAAGAAAUAAUAACUGUUUUUCGGAGUCACUUAAUGACCUGAAAUUUGAAUCGUCACCUGUGGGUACAAUGAAAAAGAAAAGUUCUUCAUUUUUGGAUCAAAUUAAAGAGAAAUUAUUAAUUGGGCCAGGUGAUUCCUCUAGUUUAGUGUGCACAUUCUGCAACUACGAAUGCAAAUGUCUUUCAGAAUUUGUUAGGCAUGAGAAACAACACAACUUAGGAAGUAACAGAACAUUGUGUGUGGGUGGCAAUUCAUCCACUACACUGAGUGGUACAGAGCUCUCGUCAACUAGAUGCCAGCAUUGCAGACAGCGCUGCAAGACAAGUGCUGACUUGGUCAUUCAUCUGCAAUCAUGUACAGAAGCAAACAGAUACACAAAAGGGUCCAGUGAUAUAAAUCUUGAAAUACCUGAUGAUGUGUGUGAAACGAAUGGAGAACUUACGCUGAAUGAACCGUACAUUGACAAACAAGAAACAGCACAUCCCAUGGUAAACAAAGUAUUUGUAUGGAAUGAAUUUGGUCAAGAUAUGGAGAGUGACCAGAAUAGUCAGCUCCCAUCAGAUGAAAUGCAGGAACAAGAAAAUAUGUCAGUUGUUAAUGAAACUGAGAGCUGUCUACAACUUAAUGGAGGCUGCAAACCAUCUGACAACGAAGUAGGCCUCGUUGGGUUUGAGACCGCUCCUGGUUAUGGGGCUGUAAGUAACACAAGUGAUGAUGGGACUCCAGCAAGCAACAGUGACUCAGCUGCGACUCCUGGUACAUAUACUGUUGUUAAAAGGGUAUUCAAGUGCCCACACUGCACUUUCUGGGCAUCCACAGCAUCUCGAUUCCACGUUCAUAUUGUUGGACAUCUCAACAAGAAACCAUUUGAAUGCUCACUGUGUGCUUAUCGCUCAAACUGGAGAUGGGAUAUUACAAAACAUAUUAGACUGAAAGUAGUCCGUGACAAGAAUCAUGCAGACGCGAAAGUCUUGAUGACAGAUGAAACAGGUCGACGGAAUUAUAGCAAGUAUAACAAGUAUCUAACAGCACUGAGAAUGCGUGAAUAUCUUCCAUCUACCACCGAUCAACAAAGACUGCUGCCAACACCACCUCGUCUCAUGCGUGCUCCUACACCACCAGCAAAUGGGGUAUGUGGUGUCCCUCCUGGUCCACUUCGCCCACCUCCACCCCUCCGUGCUGCACAUUCUAUGAUCUCGUCAGUACCAUCACAAGUACAGUCUCAAGAACCAGUGGUACAGAAAACAAUAUCUGGCCAAAAAAGAUCAGCAUCUGAUGCUGCUCUUAUGGAUAAGCCCCCAGUUGAAGUCAAGAGAACAUUGUGGAAGUGCAAGAAAUGCAAUUUCCGUGAUGCAAGCCGUGAACUAGUGCUUAGUCAUGUCAAGGGACACUACCAGGAACGUCUUCUUUCGCAGGGUGGAGCUUCAGGUGAUACUCCAGUUUUGAAAAACAAUAAAGACAACUCACAGUCACCUAGAAAUGAAAGCACUCAUCAAAUAAUAAAAAAUGAAACACAAAAUGAGGAUGUCAAUAUGAGUAUGACAGAAACAAGUCUAAGUGCUACAGGAGAAACUACAGUGAAGCAGGAAAAGGAAGAUGAUUCAUUCAGAUGUACCAUAUGUCCUUUCAUAACAAAUCUCGAGAACGCUUUAGAAGAACACCUUGAGAACCAUGCUUCCCAAAGUGUGAAUGAUCUCAAAUGUACAAUGUGUUCAUACUCUGUUGUUGACAAAAGUGAGUUAUCAGAACAUAUGAAGCUACAUGGUGUUGUGGAUGCAGAGCCAGGUGAUGACAAUUAUCAUCUUGAUAUGUCUGUGGACAAAAACUCGGAGGAAGAAGAGAAUGAGAGUUCACCGCAACAGACUGGCACAGAUGGAAGUAUGUGCAAACGCUACAGAUGUGCAAAUUGUCCAUAUCUCAGUAACAGCAAGAGCCAGUUUCUUUACCACAAGCAGUUUCACAGGCCACGUGGAGCACCUUUCAAAUGUGGUAUCUGUUCGUAUAAUGUUAGCAAACGCCACCUACUUCAUCAGCAUCUGCGUGUGCAUGGCAUUCUUAUUCCACCCCAGAAAAGUCCCACCAAAUCUGGAAAAGAGAGCCAGGAUGAAAGUGCUGAUGAACAAGUUCAAACAUCAGUGUCUGGGGACAUUAAGAGGCCAACAUCAAUGGUAGACCACCGACUAACAUCUCUAGAUACUAGUGGUUUAUCACAGGUGCCAUUAGUUUGGGUUUCUCGAGAGAGUAAAUUUUUUAAAAUGUACAAAUGCCGAUACUGCCCACAUGUAAAUUUUCGUAAAGCUAAUAUCCUGGAACAUGAGAAAAUGCAUACUGACAGAACCAAAGAUGUUAACAGUCAUAAUGAUAGCGGAGGGAAAGCUCAGUCAAGCAAUAAUCUAGUUCAGCACCAUUGUACAGAAUGUAAUUACAUUUGUAAUAAUGCUGGAGUACUAUCAUCACAUGCUAAAGUUCAUCAAGGAUUCUAUGGUCAGAUUCAUGCCCUGGUAGAUCCUUCUAGAACAGAUGAAGCGCAGCUUGAAGAGCUCUCUGCAAUGGUGAAUAUUGAGAGUGAUUGUACAGGUACUAAGCAACCUAUAAAUAAUAUUAAAAAUGAACAAACAGGAAGUUCUGAUUCAAAUAAAGACAUCUCAUUAGCUGCUGAUGGCACAGAAACUUCUAAAAAAGAUGAAAAUCCAAAAUGUGACCCUUCAGUUUUGGAGGAUUCUGUGUCUGUAAGUGACAGUACCAAGAGAAGUCUUUGCUUUUGUCCUCGCUGUCCUGCAAGAUUCUUGUGUGAAAAGGAAUUGAAAAUUCACCGUAGGUACCAUAUUUUCCAUUUGUCACACGUAUGUGAGUUUUGCUCCUACACUGCUAAGCAGCGACCCUACCUUCUUGCUCAUAUGAAAGUCCAUACAGAUGAAUACCAGAAAAAAACAGACAUGCUUCUUGAAAUGUACGGAUCGUGUCAGGAAUAUCCUCGGCCACAGAUAGCUGUUGACAAUUCUGAGGCUGCUAAUGUCAUGUGGGUAGUUAUUGACAAGUCAGGAAAAAAGGACAGCAGAAUGGAUCCACGUGGAACUGACAAGCAUUAUACCUGUGAUCGUUGUCCUGCGAAAUUUCUUAAAAGUGAUUCUUUACAUUAUCACUUAUCAAUGCAUGGGGGCCAAGGACAGUACAAGUGUAAAUACUGUGACUACACUGCUAAAACAUUUGGUCACUUAAUUAAACAUGAAAAUGUUCACCAAGAUAGAAUAUUUCCUCUAGACUCUUCUCUUCUAUCCACAACAAACAAAGUAUCACCUGAGAGUGUUUCUGACAGCAAAACUUGUCCACAGUCUGAUGCAUCUGAACAAAAGACCAUUUCACAAAAGGUUUCACCAGAAAGAAGUGGCAUAUUACAAUCUGUCUCAAAAGAGCGUCCACAGCUGCAUGUAGAUCCACAGUUUGGAAUUCUUAUGCAUGGAAAUCCCGACUUCAUUUAUCCCACUUACUUAAAAAAUGGUAGACUGAAAGAAAAACGUUAUAAAUGUCACAAAUGUCCUUCAGCAUUUGAGAAACGUGAGCAAUACAGGACACACCUUUCACUUCAUGGUGCGAAGCAGAGAUACAGAUGUGAAAAAUGUGAUUACUCUGUAAAGUACUAUGCCAACUACAUACAGCAUAUGCGUAAACACAAGGAUAAUGAUGACGCCCAAGCAGCACGGUUGAUUGAAAAAAAAAAGUCUGAUCAUGAGUUACUUGAUAUAAAAGAAGAAAUUACAGAAACAGAAGCAGAAGCAGAAACAGAACUGGCAUCAGUACCAGAGUCAGAAGUGGAACUACAAUCACAGCAGCAGAAAGAACCAGAGCCAGUGCCAGAGCCAGAGUCGGAGUCAGAGCAAGUACCAGCACAAGUACCAGUACCAGAACCACCACAAGUACCAGAACCAGAAUCAGAACUAGUAGCAGUACCACUACCAGUACCAGUACCAGUAGCAGAACAAGAGUCGGAACCAGUACCAGAACCAGAAUCAGGACCAGUAUCGAUACCAGUACCAGAACCAGAAUCAGGACCAGUAACGACACCAGUACCAGAACCAGAGCCAGUGACAGUAACAGAGCCUGAGGUGCAGUUUCAGCCAGAAGAGACUAGUAAACCAGCAGGAAUUCGUGCCAGGAAGAGUAUUGGAUCUACUUCUAAACCUGGCCCAAUUCAGAUGACUGUAGCAGAUCGGCAAAUACUGUUAUUGAUGCAGAUGAAACAUGCGGAAAGUCUGAAAGCUUCGCAAGAGACUUUCAAGGAGCAGUUGCAGAAAAGCUACUGGUGCCCCCAUUGCCCCUAUUCGACUCCUCAACAUGAUGACCUAGAAAUCCAUAUUAGGAAGCACACAUCAGCAUCUGGUAUACAGUCAAAUUACCUAUGUGAUUACUGUGAUUAUUCUGUGCCAUCUGCUCAUUUUUUACAUGAACAUCAUAAGUUGCACUUUGCUCAGAAGAGGUUUGCAACAGAAUGUUUCAUGAAGAGUAGAUGUAUACAGAUAUGGAGACAAGAAACUGGUGAAACAGACAGUGUAGAAACUGGUAAAGACCAGCCCUCUGAGGACUGUGAAAGAUCAGGAAAACAUUUAGCAUUUAAAGAUAGGGGAACUUCUGUGGAUAUUCAGGACAGAUUUGAACCAAUUUUACAAGAGGAAAGUGCUUGUGUAAACCUGGACAUAAAUGCAGAGAAGAAAGUCACAAUUGAUUUAGAUACUGGUGACCCAAUUGACAUGGAAGCCGAUUACCAGGAAAGUGGUGAUACAAAUGAUAGUUCUGCAGACAAAGAGAAAUUUUUAGAGGAACUCGACUUAGAAACCAAAGAAGCUGAAAUGGAAGAAGCUGAAAUGGAAGAAGCUGAAAUGGAAGAAGCUGAAAUGGAAGAAGCUGAAAUGGAUACUGAGAUACCUCAUGAGUUGAGGUGUGUGAUUAAGCAGGAACUACCAGACAGUGAAUAUGCUGAGGAUGAUAGUUCGAGCAUUGUUGAUGGUACAAUAGAAUCCACAGAGUACUUGAAAACUGUUGAAGAUUUGUGUAUUUCAUGACAUUAGUUUAAAAAUAACAAUUAGUCUAGACAUUUGCAGAACAGGAAAAGACUGGCCAGAUUUACAGAUUUUACAAGUUAAUUUGUGUAUGUAAUUAGCCGCUGUUUGCAGUGGUAACACCAUUAAUAUGCCACUGAAUAAUGUAGUUUACAGAGAGUGAGUCUGUGAAUUAGAAAAAGCCAAAGCAAAGAUUUUAAUAUUUUCAUAAGUGUAUAUAUGUAGAGUUUUGUGCAUAAGUUAAGUUAGUAAGACUUUUUUCCAGUUCAGAGGGAUAUACAUCUCUCGUAAGUCCAAGGGACCAUCUAUUUGACCAACAAAGACUGUUUAGAAAGCACUGUAGCUUAUUUUCCUUCAUGUUAUGAGCUGAUUUUGCAGAACAAUUCAGCAGUUUUCGUAGUUACCUCCUUUUGCAUUGUUAUGUGAUGUGCUAUUCUGCUCAUGAUUGUGUGCGUCAGAAAUAAGCAUUAAUUGGCAGUUUUUGUCUUCCCUCUAAGAAGUAUGAAGGACUAUGUUAUCAUAAAUAAAUGACUUUACAAUUGUGAGACUAUAUGUAUGAAUGUAAAUGCUGUUAUUAAAAAAAAUACACACACAAAAAUAAUUUACACUCAUCAUAGAGUACAAAAAAACUGUAAACAUGUUAAACAGAAUCCUUCUUUCUUUGAGGGAAAAGAGAAUUAUUCACAUUCUGACUGCUCUUUUUCUUUGCCUCUCAUACUGUAAUUUUCAUAAUACAUGUGCAAAUAUUUGUUGUUUAAGUUUAUAAGCUUCGUGAAGUUAUUUCAAAUGUUUUCUAGACUGGAUAUCUAGUCAUAUCCAAAUUAGAAUAAUAAUUUAUAAUAAAUUAUAUUUUAUGAAUAA